AUGACAAUAUACGCGGCUGACACGCCGGAGACCCUCAACCCCUUAAUCGUCACGACUUUCUUCGGAGCGGUGGCACUACUGAGCUGCAUAGGACGGCUAUAUGCCCUCAAGAAGAGGAACCAGAGCUUCCGCGAGGAGGAGUACUGUAUCGCCACAGCUCUCAUCCUGACCUAUGUGUCUUUGGGAAUACAAUGGGCUUGCGUCGUAUACGGUGGAACGGGGAGGCACAUCGCCGACGUCGACAUGCCCGACGUUGUCCUGACCCUUAAGCUCAUUCUUCCGUUCGAAGCUCUCUACGGGCUCACACUCAUGUUCGUCAAGCUGGCCGUGCUGCGCUUCUACAGCAGGAUCUUUGCCCCGAGUGCAUGGGUGACCUGGAGUGUGAGGGUCACCGCAGCUGCGGUGGUCAUGUGGAUGGUGUCGGUUGUCCUUGAGACGUUCCUUCUCUGCCGACCUCUCGCUUUCAACUGGGACACCACCAUCGAUGGCGUCUGCGGAGACCGAAAUGCUGUAUUUGUGAUUGCCGGAGUCACAAACAUGGUGACGGAUUUCAUGGUCUUACUGCUCCCAGUACCUUGUAUUUGGAAGCUACAAAUGCCCGUCGGCCAAAAGAUCGGGCUCCUCCUUGUCUUCUGCAUGGGGAUUCUUAUUACUGCAAUCUCCAUCGUCCGGCUCCAAUCGCUCAUGGUCAUCUCCUUCGAGGAUCCCACAUGGACACUGCCGAUGGGCCUGCUAUGGACCGUCCUCGAGCCAGAGCUCGCUAUCAUCAACGCCAACCUUCCUCUGAUGCGUCGGUUCUUCGCCAAAAUCAUCCCCAAGAUGCUCUCCUUCUCUCGAUCCAAGAGUACUGUCCAGCGAAGCAAGAAGAAUGACUUCGAGAAGCUCAGCGACAACGGCAUCCUCUUGCGCACGAUAGGGGGCGGCUUCGUGCCGAGGAAUAACGUGGUCGUUGGCGCGGAGAACUACAAGGCCAGCGAGGGCUCUAGUACGACUGGCAUAAUACAAGAGCGGUCUAUCCGCGUGGACUACGAUAACAUCAGUGAUGAAGACACUGGCUCGGAUCAUAAUGAUCGUCGUGCUCGCGUUAGCGUGGUAUAA